ACUACUCUAUUCUUCCACACGUCUCACGACCCACCCUAUCUCUUCCCCAAUUACGUUCUGUACCAGCGCCGCCUCCUCACUCACGCCGCCAUGGCCAUGGCUCGCUGCCUCCUCUCUAGACUCCCCACCCCCCGUCCUCGGCCCGCGCUCUCACAGCUGCCCACCCUCCGGCGCCGAGCCAACCCGCCUCCCUCCAGCGCUAUAAUGGCCACCCGCCCAUCGGCGCACGGUUCCGGCUGCCGGCCGCCCCGCCCGCCGGUGCCGAGCCACCCCUCCAUCAGCCAGAUCUCAUGGCCGCCCCUCCCUCCGGCGCUGAGCCAACCCACCAUCGGGCGCAAGGUUCCGGCUGCAGGCCGCCCCGCCUCCGGCGCCGAGCCACAUCGCCAUUGGCCGCAGGCGGCCCCUACUCCGUCGUGUCCGCGGAAGCUGCGUUCGGGCUCCCGCCGCGCGCCUGGACCCACCCGCUUCCCUGGCUUUGCUCCUCCUCACCUCCCGCUAGGCAAUGGCGGGCGUUGGUGUUCCUCCAAAAGAACUGCUCCCGCACGUCUUGCAGGAGGAUGGGGACACGACACCACGUGUGUCCACCCCAACCUGGACCGGCUCACCGUGGUGCAUCCCCGCGGCUCUCUCCGUCCUGUCGCGGCUGCCAUGGAUAUCCUUUUGGUUAUCGGCGUCGCCGACUUGAUUGUGUGCGGUCGUGGUAAUCGACGCUGGUGGAGAGGGGAAGAGGGAAUACCUUGAUGCCGGUGGGCGAUUGCUAGCUGCUCGGAGGAUUCGUCGCUUGGGAGAAAAGAAGUACGAAACAUGCAGUCUGCUGCCCGUGAACAUUCAUCGAGAAUUGUUCAGGAGAAUGAUUAGCUGAGAAAGCAGUUAGAUGAGAAAGUUCAAGAGACUGAUCAGCUGAGAAAACAGUUGGAUGGGAGAGUUCAAGAUAUUGUUCAGCUGAGUUGGAUGAGCAAGACCGUGAAAUAGUUGCUCAAACUGAGAUGGAAAGAAGAAAGCUGGAGAAUGAGAGGAAACUGCAACGGAGCCAAUGCACAAAACGGAGGGAACAGGAACCGCUUGUCCUGAGGAUAAUGGUAAAUGUAAAGAUGGAUCAACCACGAACGAACAACAUGAUCCAUGGAAUGAUCCUUUCUACACUCUACGUUACCCUGGGCCCCCUUUGGGCAGUGUAGCUGACCGUAUCAAAAAAGUCAACGAGUUGAAGAACAAAACAAUAGCCACCAAUAUAAUCAUCCCAGACUGUACUCCUCAGUGGACAAAUGAGGCCCUCUUCAGUGCAUUCACUAUUCUGGGGCCAAUCCUAGAAAAGGAUAGUGUCCGGUCUUUCCUCCGCUUUUUACAUCAGAAAAAUGCACGGGGCAUGAAAUGUGGUUACCUCAUCACAUCAGAAACUUUAAACCAGAUAGUCCUAUAUGAUUCGCUGAGAUGCGCCGAACUUGUCUUGGCGGGUAAGAAUCCUAAGCUUCAUGGGUUCCGGGCCAAUCCCAACUGCAUGACCCAAUACGGGUUCUUGCCCCUCCACCGAGCUGCUGAAAUAUUCUCUGUUCGUAUGAUUGAGUUGCUCUUUCGCCAUGGCGCGUCGGCCAAUUUACGCACAUCCGGUGCUUUACCCACCGAGAACCUACUACCGGUCCAUGUUGCGGUUGCGAACACUUGCAUGCAUAAGUACCUGGAGGACAGUCUGUAUCCUAAUCAAGAGCAUCUGGAUUGCAGUCAUGCAGAUAUCAACUAUAUCCUGAAGCUAAUCCAUAUCCUGUGCCUACCCGAAAUGAAGCUCUUCUUGGAUACGACUAGGCUGCUGGCUAAACACACAGAUAAUCUGCUAGAUAAGGAGAGACCAUAAUAGGGAGCCAGAUGGGUUUUCUAUUAUCACUAAGUGUGUUGUGGGAAAAAUUACCGCCAUACAAUUGGAGAUGUGUCAAAAGGGACUGGAACUUGAGCCACUAGAGGCGAAAAAAAGGUGUUUGAUAUAACACUGGCAGUUGUUCAUCUAAUUUCCCAAGCUGGUGAAGCUCUUGAUUCAUACAUUCAGGCUCAUCCAAAGGUAAUCGUAGUUGCAGCUUCAAUACUACCAUAUCCACUUUGUACUAAAUAUGUGCAUGAUUGUUGCAUUUA